AACAGGUGCAUUGUGGGAAGCGACGUGUGACGCCGUCUGUUUAUCUCUCCGGCGGAGCUGCGACGUGAACCGUCGCCGACAUUAAGUCCGGCAGCGAUUCCAGAGACGCGAUUUGCAGCCGCGGGCGCCACACGGAGGGAAACAUGGAGGCGGGUGAAGGUGUCAGCGCCUCCACCCCCACUGAGGAGCCGAACGGCUCCGGACACCUGAUGGAUUUCCUGGACGAGCCUUUUCCCGACGUGGGCACGUAUGAAGACUUCCACACCAUCGACUGGCUGAGGGAGAAGUCCCGGGACACCGACCGCCACCGCAAGAUCACCAGUAAGAGCAAAGAGUCCCUGUGGGAGCUGAUCAAGAGCCUGCUGGACGCCUGGUCGGGAUGGGUGGUGAUGCUGCUCAUCGGACUGCUCUCAGGCACGCUGGCCGGGGUCAUCGACCUGGCGGUGGACUGGAUGACGGACCUGAAGGAAGGCGUGUGUCUGACGGCCUUCUGGUACAGCCACGAGCAGUGCUGCUGGACGUCCAACGAGACCACCUUCGACGACCGGGACAAGUGUCCUCAGUGGCAGAAAUGGGCCGAGCUGAUGACGGGCCACGCCGAGGGCGCCGGAGCGUACGUGUUGAACUACUUGCUCUACGUCAUGUGGGCGCUGCUCUUCUCCUUCCUGGCCGUGUCCCUGGUGCGGGUGUUCGCUCCGUACGCCUGCGGCUCGGGUAUCCCGGAGAUCAAGACGAUCCUCAGCGGCUUCAUCAUCCGGGGCUACUUGGGCAAAUGGACGCUGCUGAUCAAGACGGUCACCCUGGUUCUGGCCGUGUCGUCGGGUCUCAGCCUGGGGAAGGAGGGCCCUCUGGUCCACGUGGCGUGCUGCUGUGGAAACCUCUUCUGCAGCCUCUUCUCCAAGUACAGCAAGAACGAGGGCAAGCGGCGAGAGGUGCUAUCGGCCGCAGCAGCAGCCGGCGUGUCGGUGGCCUUUGGCGCGCCGAUCGGAGGAGUUCUGUUCAGCCUGGAGGAGGUCAGCUACUACUUCCCCCUGAAGACUCUGUGGCGCUCGUUCUUCGCCGCGCUGGUCGCCGCCUUCACGCUGCGCGCCAUCAACCCGUUCGGCAACAGCCGCCUGGUGCUGUUCUACGUGGAGUACCACACGCCGUGGUACAUGGCCGAGCUGGUGCCCUUCAUCCUGCUGGGCGUGUUCGGGGGCCUCUGGGGGACCCUCUUCAUCCGGGCCAACAUCGCCUGGUGCCGGCGCAGGAAGACCACCCUGCUGGGGAAGUACCCGGUCCUGGAGGUCAUCGCCGUCACGGGCAUCACCGCCGUGCUGGCGUUCCCCAACCCGUACACGCGGCGCAGCACCAGCGAGCUCAUCUCGGAGCUCUUCAACGACUGCGGCGCGCUGGAGUCGUCUCAGCUGUGCGAUUACGUCAACAACCCCAACAUGAGUCGGCCCGUGGACGACAUCCCGGACCGCCCGGCGGGGCCCGGGGUCUACAACGCCCUGUGGCAGCUCGCCCUCGCGCUCGUCUUCAAGAUCGUCAUCACCAUCUUCACCUUCGGCAUGAAGAUCCCGUCAGGCCUCUUCAUCCCCAGCAUGGCGGUCGGCGCCAUCGCAGGACGCAUCGUGGGCAUCGCCGUGGAGCAGAUGGCGUACCACCACCACGACUGGCUCAUCUUCAAGAACUGGUGCCGGCCCGGCGCCGACUGUGUCACGCCGGGCCUCUACGCCAUGGUGGGCGCCGCCGCCUGCCUGGGUGAGCCGCGGCGCCCUCAGAAGCGAUCGUCCCCUUUGCUUAGACAGUCCCGUCCUGAAAGUCAUGAGCUUUUACCCGCCGAUUGUGAUGGACUUCGGGGUGUGUACUGUGGACUGAACGGGUGACACAUCCAGUUCAAUGGUGCCCCGACCGAGGACGUCCGGGAGGAAUCAACCCCCCCCACUCUCGCCACCGACGAGAGGGGCCCCCGCGGAAAGGCCCCCCUUUGGGCGUUCCUCACGCAGGAUCCCACCCGGGUGGAGGAGUUGGAGGCGUUGAUAAAAGACACGGAUUACAAGGGUUUCCGGGUGGUAAUUUCCAGAGAGUCGGAGAGGUUCAUGGGUUUCGUGCAGGGCCGGGACCUCCCCUUGGCAAUCAAAACCGCCCGCCAGAAGCAGGACGGCGUGGUCAGCAGCUCGGUGGUCUACUUCACCGAGGACGCGCCGCUGCUGCCGCCCACCAACCCGCAGCCGCUGAAGCUGCGCCGCAUCCUGAACCUCAGCCCCUUCACCGUCACAGACCACACCCCCAUGGAGACGGUGGUGGACAUCUUCCGCAAGCUGGGCCUCCGCCAGUGUCUGGUCACCAGGAGCGGGCGCCUCCUGGGCAUCAUCACCAAGAAGGACGUCCUGCGCCACAUGGCCCAGAUGAUGAACCAGGACCCGGAGUCCAUCAUGUUCAAUUAGACGAAGGGCGGCGUCGUCACGGUAACGUGGAGGCCAAUGGACUGCUGAUCAGCUGAUGGUCUCCGGUCCUUCAGAGACUGAAGACUAAUCAUUAAUCGAUAAGGAGGUCUCGCACGAUUCAUUCCUUCACCUCCUUCAGGGUCCCCUUAUUGAAUGAUGUCAUCCUCGCCCAUCAUUUAGGGGCCGAUCGGCUUCAUGGUUUCAUGUCAGCGGUGAUCGAACGGCACAGAAGAUGAAAGCGACCGAAGCCUCAUUUCACCUUUUGUUUGCUGCCAUUUUUCUGUUUGUUUCCCUGAAGACACAAACUGACACUUUAAGCUGUCAGUUCACAUUCGUCUCUUUGGAGUUUUGUGUCAAUGAAAAGGUGUCAAAAGGCCCCCCCCCCCCCCCCCCCGCCCUGUUAAUCACUCCUCACAGAGCCCCCCUGCUGCUCCUUUACGCAGGGGAGGGUCGUCCAGCUGUGGCUUGAUGUUUGGCUGGAGGAACAUCUGUAAGUGAACUGAACACGCCUGAAGAUCAUUUGCAGCACGUAGAGAUUGAAGGUUGCACACGAGCCGUUGGUUUUAUUUCCUUGUUGUUGUUGUUGGUCGGAGCUCCCAGCUGCUAACGCGUCAUCACACAUGAGGGAAGUCCCACUUUAAAGCUGCUGUUUAGAGUCGUCGUGUUGUUGUUUCCUUACGUUUUAUUUGUUACACUAAAUAUUUAUCAGAGGUCACUCGGUUAUUUGCACUUUUAUUUAGCUUUUUUAAUUUGUCAAUGAAGUGAUAAAAAAUAAACCAUAAUAAAUUGUU